AUGUUCGGGUUUUCUAGAAGGCGGAUAAAACUUGGGAGGUAAUGGUUUCUCUGCUCAUUUUCUCCCGUCAACCAAAUAGUUCCCCCAGUAGAAGGAUCCAUAGCCAGUAUUCCUUGCUACAGAUAACCAGGCCACCGGCUGGACCUCUGCAAUGCUGUUCUAACAGUUCGUCUUGCUCGGAUUUCGCAGGCUGAAAGUUCAUCUGGGGGACCCAUUGCAGGGGACGAAGAGCCCCAUUAGACCGACCAAGCGCCACAGCCACCAAUCCAGUGUAAUUCACAGCCACUACUUGCUUAGUAGGUCAAUGUAUGUAGCUAUCCCAUUGCAGAAGGAGGGUUUCUUGCUGAGCUCCUGAGAGAUUUUGCAGAAGGAGGACGAGGGAUCGGGCUCUGUGCUCGCCGCCAGUGGCAAUUCUGAUGACGUCGCCCACCAUUCCUCCUCUGGGUUUGACUCUGCUUCCGCCAACUCCGAGAACUGGAUGGUGGUUUCAACGUCCGGAGACAGCCCCAUUCCGCGAUUCAGUGUACAUAGCUAUCCCAUUCUGUGGUUAUGCCAUGAUUCUAAUCCAUGACUGCGGUGAAAGAAACUGACGGAGAUCACUUCAUUUGGGUUUGCUACCCAGCAUGCGGCAACGGUGGUGGGAAAUAAAAUGGUGGUCGUUGGUGGUGAUUCUGGCCGUGGACUCUUGGAUGACACGCAGGUAAGGGAAGUUGGCCAACUUUUUGUAUUCAGGCACACUGAAUAAAUGGGUUCGAGCCCUCCUAACAUGGCCUCCCAAAUCCCCAUCCAGUGUGGUCUGCAAGUCAAUGAUCUUCAGCAACUGUCUUAAUUCUGGCAAUCUUCAUUUCUACUGCAAACGUUAUAGCAGACCCUUGGAUUCUAACCCUUGCGACGUCUAGUUCUUAUCUUGUGACCCUGGGAUUCACUUUGAUUGACAUCAUACAAAACGUACUGCUUGUGUCUCCAGAUACUUAGUCUGGACAAGCUGACAUGGGCUGCUGCGUCCCCAAAGGUUUACUUGUCUCCGACCAGCCUGCCUCUGAAAAUUCCUGCGUGCAAAGGUCAUUCCUUGGUAUACAUCUUCUCUUUACAAUACCUCUUGUUUACGUAAUCUUAGCUGAGACUCGCUAUUUUUUCUGAUUUAUACAUUUCUUUAUUAGAGGUGAGAUUUGUUUCUCAUGAUUACGUCAGGGACUUAAGCUUAGAGAGUCAAUUUCGGGGGCAUUGUUGAUUUAUCUCAAUUACAGACUGAUGUGGCUCAUGAUCGCUGUUUCUUUUUGAGUAGGUCUCAUGGGGGAAAAAGGUGCUUCUGAUUGGGGGGAAGAGUGACCCUGGAAAUGACAAGGUUUCAGGUUGUUAUUCGUCAUUUUACCCCACCUCUCUUUAGUGUUCUGAAAGGUUGAUUAAGUUUCUUAACCUAAUUUGUCCUUGCGCGCAGUUUGGUCAUUUGAUGCAGAAACAGAGUGUUGGUCCCAUAUUGAGGCAAAAGGAGACAUUCCGGUACUUCAUCUUACACCAUUUUGUUCCCAUUAGGCGUUUGGACAUAUCACACUCCUCGUGAUUAGUUGAGCUGAUUUACAUUCGAUUUACAGUCGUUCCAUUUCCAUGUUGUAUUUACCUAUCUGAAAUUGGGACCCAACACUGGUCAACGAGUAUGUCUACAUUAUCUUGGUACAAUAGGAAAAUAAUCGUCGUGCUUCUUUUUUCAUGCCGAUAUCAUUAUUAUGUUCUAUCAGCCUUUUGACCCUAGAAAGUUUGGCUGGCCGUGUCUUCAAACUUAUGGUUACUGGAGUAAGUUAAGUGCUGGAGAGGCCUGCGAUUGAGCUUACCAGGCAUCAGUCAUGUGUUGUGCCAGAACCUCCCAGCAAAGAAGCCUUCCUUCUUGAAGUUUCCUAAACUUAUAUGGUCUUAUAUGUUUGUUUCAUGCUUUUGGAACUAAUGCGUAGUAAGGUUCGUGCAUUAUUGCUUGGGAGAUAAAUAAGUGUUGAUAUUUAAAUUGCCUUGCAGGCUGCCCGCAGUGGCCAUUCUGUGAUCAGAGCAGGGCCUGUCUUGAUCCUCUUUGGAGGAGAAGGCCUGAAGGGAAAGAAACUAAAUGAUCUUCACAUGUUUGAUCUGAAGUCCAUGAUGUGGCUUCCCCUUCACUAUACGUGAGUAGAAACUUUGGUGCAAGGGCAUCAUCAUUCAAUGACGCUACAUUAAAUAUCUGUUGAAUGAGUUCCUGCGGUAAGCUCUCUCUGGAGCGCCAUUCGUUGACAUUUAACCAAGUUUUUUUUUUUUUCAUUCAGCGGGGCAGGGCCCUCUCCUAGAUCCAAUCAUGUGGCAGCUCUUUAUGACGACAGAAUUCUCCUUGUUUUUGGUGGGCAAUCCAAGUCCAAGAUUCUGAACGACCUUUACUCACUUGAUUUUGAGACAGUACGUGAACUUUGGGGCUUUUAUAGUGAAAGACCGCCUCCAAGUUUCUCAUUUCCUUUAAUGCCGUUAGUUUAGCUCGGUAAGAGUCUUACUGUUCUUCUUCUAGAUGGUAUGGUCCAGGAUUAAGAUACGGGGGCAUCAUCCAUCGCCUAGAGCUGGUUGCUGUGGAGUUCUCUGUGGUACUAAAUGGUACAUUGCUGGGGGUGGUAGCAAGAAAAAGAGUACGCAUCAAUGACCCUGUAAAGUAUUCUCGAGAUUUGUCCAGACUAGUAUUGUCGUGCCUUUUUUUGCAUUAUCUGCAUGUUUGGCUGGCUACAUUAUUGUUGGACAUUGAAUGCCCUUGUCGGAGUCAGUUCUUUUAGUACCCAGUUAAUGCUGGGGGAGAUAUGCUUCAUUUUCAACCCUGCUUGUUCUAGUUGUAAGAUCUUGAUUCAAAAUCAAUUUAUCUAUCUAUGGUUUUGCAAAAAAUUAUGGCUCCUACCGCGAAGUUUGCCUUAGAGUGAUGCCUCUGGACAUGUUGGGAUACAGCAAUUUGACAGGGUGUGGUCGCACAGCCUCUCAAAAAUAGAAAGUAGAACGUAGUCUCCUCACCAUUGAACUGAACAAGCCUGAAGAAAACAAUGGGCCCUUCUCAAAAAAGAAAAAAAAAGAAGGAAAGAUCCACCCUUUAUGAAUACUCCUGUUUUCUUUAUUCAGAUGGCUGAGCGAAUCAGUGUUCCUCACCAAAAAAAUAAAAAUAUAUCAGUUAUUCAGAUGUCAGGCUCAUGUAAACUGCUUGUCAGGAUACCCUUUCGAAUGCUUGCUUAAAUAAGCAGCAUGAUAGAUGAAUAAUUAGUUUAGAGAAAAGGAAGCAAUCCAACAUGAGACUUUAUUCAAGGUGUUAAAUAUGCAGGUUAGCCCUUCUUUUGUGAGUAGUGAUUUAAUGCACCGGAAGUAAUUAAUGAAAAUGAAAAAGGUGAAAUUUUUUGUUACUGUCAUAAAUAUUUUUCUGAUGUUAGUUAGCUCAUACGGCGAACCAUAUUUGUGAGAAAUAUUUACAGAGACAAUUGAGCAAGGUAUUUACUAAUUAAGACAUGUAACACUUCCUAUGAACAAAGUCUCUUGGAACUUCAUAUUUGACUAGUUUUGGUCAAUGGAUUCCAAGUUCUUGCGGGAAAAAAUCAGUUUGAUGUCUAACAUGCAGCCCCCUUUUUGCUGCAUUUUCAGGAUACGCAGAAACCCUAAUCUUUGAUGUCGUCAAGCUUGAAAUGUCUGUAGCUGUGACAUCAUCUUCUGCUUCUAUAACCACAAACAAGGUGAGGCUGUGAAUGGCUGUGGCUUCUGAUGCAGGGACAUAACCAAUCAGAGUUCACAGAUGCGGCAGGAAUCAUAUCAAAUAAUUCCUGCUUUCAUGGCGUGUGCUGACUAUUUCUUGAUCUGUUUGUGAAAUUCUGUGCAGGGAUUUAGCCUGGUUCCUGUCCAUCACAAAGACAGGGUGUUCCUCGUUGCGUUUGGAGGGAGCAGGAAAGAGUCUUCAAACCAGGUUGUGGAGCAGACCUGGGCACGAAUGAGGGGCCCACCUGAAGAUCAGAUCCUCUUCGCUCUCUUGGUGUUCUGAUUCUUUUAGUUUCUUCGAACAAUUUCAGGUCGAAAUACUGAUAAUUGUGAAGGAUGAACACUCGGUGGGUUGGCCAUCUGGGCAGGAUAAUGACUCGUUGCUCUUCAAGAGGCGAUCCACCGGCAGGGUGGGGCUUGGUGUGCAUCUCAGGAACGAGGGCCCCGUUGACUCUGUUGCCAGACAUGGCAUAACUUCCAUGAUUGACCAUCAUAGCUCAGGCCGGCGGUCGCUCUCGGAGACCUCUGGUAAUGGGGUCUCUCUCCGUAAACAGUUUCAUCAUGAGGAGGAGAGCAAUUCUACCCACACUUUGCAGAAGGCUCAUGAAGAUGGAGGCGACGGUGCGCAGGUAAAUCGUGAUGAUAUUAUAAAAAGAAACAGGGUUUCUGAACCUGAUGCGCCGUUUUUCUGGCUUUGCCCGGUGGUUGACCUUUCUAUUCUCCCAGAGAACAUUCCUGGUUGACUCAUAUUUAUUAAAGUUGCUUUCUUUUUUUAUUUUAAAAAAACCCUUUUCGUACUUGAAAUCUUUCUGUAUUCUGUUCCAUAGACCAUGGAUUUAGGAUCCGAGGGGUGUUAAUUUUUCGGAUAAUUUUUUGGCAAAUCCUGUUGUACUAGUUUCAUGAAGAACAGGUCACUUGUUCUUGUUCUGUCCCACUUUUUUCAUGCGCAAAACGAUUUGUCUUCAUCCAUCUCCUUCGACCUUAAAUCUACACGGCAUUUCGCCCACUUUUAUGACCACCAUGUUGUUGACUUUUGGUGCAGAAAGUCAGACAUCAAGACUCCACCGAAGUGACCGUCCUCACAACCGACUCAGAGGACUCCAAUGACUACCAGAAGCAAGGGAGCGAGAAUCCCCUCGAGACUGAGGGCGUCCCGGGUUCGUCGAACAUCUGCGUGCUCUAUGAAGCCAAGAUAUCCGCCUUGAUUCGGAAAAAUUCCACACUGGAAGGCCAGCUGGCCUCUGCGCUGGCGGGUCGCGAAGCCGCGGAGAAGAACCUGUCCUCCGCUGUGAAGAACAGGCACGACAUGGAGAGCAAGCUGGCCGAGGCGGUGAAAGAGGUGGAGCUGCUGAAAGAGAAGCUCGCCGGUGUGGAGCUGGCGCAGGAGGAAGCCAACAGCCUGUCAAACGCCGUCCACACCGACAACGUCAAGCUGGAGCACGACGUGGCAUUCCUGAAAGCCAUCCUCGACGACACCCAGAAGGUGAGAGCCGCCAAAACCUAAAAAUCUAGCUGAAAGUUUUGAUCUUUUCAUUUCCCCUGAUAUUUUUCUUUAUGCCCACCAAACCCUAGGAGCUGCAUUCCACGAGGGGAGUGCUGGCGGCGGAGAGGGCGAGGGCUUUCCAGCUCCAGGUUACGACUGCAGCUCUCAUUUUUAUCGAGGGGGUUUGCUAGAAAUGGAGCGUUGACCCACCUCAUCAUCUUCUUCUUCUUGUUCCAUCCAGGUCGAGGUCUUCCACCUGAAGCAGCGCCUGCAGGGGGGAGGGGGCAUGGACGCCAGCAGGACCCCUACUCCGAGAAAACCCUACCAUGCUUAG